UCCUCGGCUGCUAUAGUGACGGAUACAGAUGCAGAUGCUAAGAUAAGAUGUCGGCGCUGGAAAGCUAAUAAACAACAAACCAAAGAUUUGAUUCGAUUCAUUGCAAAACAACAAAUGGCCUAAUAUUUUACUGGGAGACGUUGAUGUACAUUGGAAGAAAAAGAGGAGAAAGCAGCCAUGUCGUUCAGAGAUCUAAGAAAUUUUACAGAGAUGAUGCGUGCACUCGGCUACCCUCGCCUGAUCUCCAUGGAGAACUUCAGGACUCCAAAUUUUCCUCUGGUAGCAGAGAUCCUCUUGUGGCUUGUCAAGAGAUAUGAGCCACAGAUGGAGAUCCCCAGUGACAUUGACACAGAGUCGGACAGAGUGUUCUUCAUCAAAGCCGUGGCUCAAUUCAUGGCGACCAAGGCUCAUAUCAAAGUGAACCUGAAGCGUCUGUACCAGGCGGACGGCUACGCGGUGAAAGAGAUGCUGAAAAUCACCAGCGUCCUCUACAACGCCAUGAAGACCAACGAGACAGGCGGCGACAAGCCCAGCUCCGACGACACCAGCAGCAAAUUCACAUUCACCCUGGCGUCCAAGAUAGCAGAUUUAAAGGCAGUGCGUCAGCUUGGCUCUGAGAUCACAGCCAAGGGGGCAGCCCUGUACGACCUCCUGGGGCGCGAGCAGGACCUGAGAGAGAACAGGACUGUUGCCAUCGCUAGACCACUGGAGAUCAUGGAGGUGGAAAGAGCGCUCCGAGCAGCUGUGAAAGACGUCAUGGAGAGUGUGCAGAAGACCAAGGAGAUGUUGAAUAACGUGGCGUCUGAUGAGGCGAGUCUGGAAGCCAAAAUAGAGAAGAAAAAACAAGAGCUGGAGAGAAACCAGAAGCGCUUACAGACUCUACAGGGCGUUCGGCCAGCAUUCAUGGAGGAGUACGAGAAGAUCGAGGAGGAGCUGCAAAAGCAGUAUGAGACGUACGUGAAGAAAUUCCACAGCCUGUGUUCCCUAGAGCAGCAGAUGGAAGAGUAUCACCGACUGGAGCAGGAUCGCUUUGAGGAAAUGGAAAAUUCCAUGAAAACGAUGCAAAACAAGCUACGUGAGGAAGACCGGAGACUCAUGACGAGUGGAGUGCGAGAGGAAGACUCCGACAUGGAGAUCCCAGAAGACGAAGGCUCAGACAGUGACAUAGACGAAGAACGUCCAUCCAAACCAUUUCCCCUUCGGAAUGCGCAGAUACCAGGUCGAGCUGGUGGACGUCUCAUUGGCAACAUGCAGGGAGGAGACUCGGAUGAAUCGGACGACAGCGAGAUCGACGUGGACGACGAUGACGACGACGAUGAUGAAGAGGAAGACGAGGGAAACGAAGACCUGGACGAAGAAAACAGAAGUCUGGAAGGCUCCGCCUCCACGCACAACCGACCAACCAGAUCACUGCACCCUCAGAUACUGGAGGAGAGCGACAAUGACUUCUAACAAGAAUACGAACAGACAAUAAAUCCUAUAGAAUCACACACUUAUUACACUUUUUUUAUAGUUUAUUAUAAAAAGUCUUGACUGACAGGAAUGUUUGUGGAAAUGUAAAAAAAUAUAUAUAUUAUAUGGUAUCAAAUAUACAGUAAGGAGCAAAA